AUGGAUUCCUUUAUCAAGAAACUGACCAAGACUUACCAUAGGACUGUCUACCCAACUGUCACUCCCACCCGCCCCGAACUCUCUCAGGCAGGAAAAACAGUUUUGAUCACAGGCGGUUCGACGGGUAUCGGGUACCACGUUGCGAAGUCCUUCGUACAAGCUAAGGCAGAUAAAGUCAUCAUCCUCGGCCGACGGCUAGACAAAGUCAAGGCCGCCGGCGAAUCUCUAUCCGCAGAGAGCCAGGGCACUAAGGUGGUCGCUAUCCCGUGUGAUGUUGGUAGUCCUACAGCCGUCGCCGAGCUCUGGGGUCGCUUUGCCGGCGAGGGCACGCGCAUCGAUGUCCUAGUGCUCAAUGCGGCGAACAUGGGCAUCGUAAAGCCUCUGAUGGAACAAGGCUUGGCGGGCGUCUGGGAAGCAUAUGACUUCAAUGUGCGUGCGCAGUUUGACAUGACGGAACGAUUCUAUAAACAGGAGCUAGCUACCGGUAUUAAAAAGUAUCUUAUCCACGUGUCGACUGGCGCGGUCCAUAACUUCGACGCCACGGCGGCAAUGCCGACUUACUCCAUGACCAAGCAUGCAGGCGCGCUUACAUUCCAACUCAUAGCACAGGAUAUUCCUUCGGAGGAUAUGCAGGUCAUCAUUUUCCACCCUGGCGCCAUCCUCACCGAGGCCGGGGAGAGGGUAGGCUAUACUAAGGAUUCCCUGCCUUGGGAAGACGCCUCGCUUCCAGGGGGGUUCGCCGUCUGGGCGGCCACUCCCGAAGCUGAGUUUAUCCACGGCCGAUUCGUAUGGGCCGGAUGGGACGUCGACGAGCUUAAGACUGGGGAGCUAGGGAAGCGUCUCAAGGAAGACCGAUACUUCUUGAAGUUUAACGUAAAUGGUAUCUAA